UGGUACAAGGCUAUUCACAACAGCCUUGUACCAUGUGACAAGCUGUGAGCAAUCACGGCUCUCACAGUAUUCAUCAAUGGCUGCAAGAAUGCAGCUAGAGAGAAGGAGAAAUGAUUGCUUUUACAGCAUUUUUGUGUGUAAAAGCAAUCAGUGUAAAAAGAAAAAAAUCUUCACCCCCCCCACAAGUAGUACAGUGACACUGUUACUGGUGACACUGUGGGAACCUGAAACCCCCAAACAUUCAGGGAGCGCGCACAAACAGGGAGCGGGGAGGACAUUUAUAAACGACCACCUGCUCCCGCACUGCUCCCGUCUGCACGUUUAUAUACAUGGGCCGGAUGGGAAGUGGUUUAGCUAUAAGCAAUCAUAAUGUGCAAGAAAAAAAUCCUGACUUCUCUAGAGU